AUGGCGUCAGACAAAAAGGACGCGCGCUCCAAGUCGAGCAAGUCCGAGAAGGUCGCGAAGAGCAAAAAAUCGAAAAGCUCCCGGUCGGGCAGCGGCAAGUCGUCGAGCAAAGACGGAGGCGAGAAGUCUGCGAAGAGCGCCUCGAAAGCUUGCGGGUCAACUUCGGAGAUCAAACCCUGUGAAGAGCACGUUUCGAUUCCGACCCAGGUCGGAGAACCCCAGACUGACACCGCCUCACUGGCACCAACAAACACUCCCCCGCCAGAGCAGACCUCUGCAGUUUCCGUCGACCCCGUGACGUGGGAAGCCCAAGUUCCUGCCGCAGAAGAAGACGUGGAAGCGUCUGUGAACGCAUCAGCUGAACCCGUUGUGGCGGCCGAGCCAGACAUGCCUCAUCCCGCAGCCUCUGCUGCAGCCUCCGCAGAUGAGAAUCCUCUUGUCCAGACCGAGCAAACGCCCGUCGCCGGGGAGAGGAAAACGGACGCCAACAACUUGGCACCGCCCCCAGCUCGCCAGCCAGACUCGAUGCCCUCGCCUACGAGAGGCAUGGGUCCCCGAGGCCGCUUGUUGGCCGGGUCGAGUUCCCCGCGGGCUGCCUUCGGGGCGUCUCAGCCGCCGCCGCCGUCUUUCGGCGUCCCCCCGCCCCCGCCCGUCGGCGGCGUGGCGCUUCUUGACGGCCAGACGCAGAAGAAGGGAGAGCACAGCCGACGGCAUUUGAACGCGCGACUCAUGGGAGAUGGAACGUACGAGACGGAGAGAGUGGGGAGGAUCCAGUUUGUCAGUAUGGCCCGGACGUGUAUCGGCUUGCACGACGAAAGCGGGGCGCCGGCGCGGUCGAACUGUCCGCCCUGCUCGUACCUCCACGACGUCGUCGGCAUGGUGUGUCGCAGGCCUCCUGGGGGGACGCUGCCGGACCGGUGGGUUGACUACCAAGACAUGCACGACGAGCUGGUGCUGAAGCAAAUCCGUGAAGAGUGGAGGCGGAAAGAAGCCGAGAAAGCCGAUACGGUGGUGAACGCGGAGGUCGCAGAAAACGUGUCCAUCUUCCCGUGCAAAAGUUUCCUCGCGAGAAACUUUGCGGAAACGCUGCCCGAGGGCGUCAGGCUGCUCCUGCCGUCGCGCCUCCAGCAGCGCCUGAAUCGCCGCCGACGGACUCUCCGACACGAGAAAACAGGGACGGAGGACCUUGAAGGCGAAAUCAGCCAAGAUGAAGAAGAUGUCGCAGCCGAAGGUGGCCGGAUUUGUGCAAAACCCCGGGGGUCUCCGCAGGGAGCCGCAGAACCGACGGAGAACAGUUUUGCGGACAAACACAUCAAAGAGACGCCCGGUGCCGACUCCAGAUCCGCGACCGAAGGUCCCGAGACACCUGAAAAAGCCCCAGCCGUGGAGGACAAUGCGCAGCCUGCGUCGUCUGAGGACGCCAAGGCAGGCGCCGUGGAGACGCCAGCCGACUUGGCGUACGAAGAGGACCUAACUUUCUUGGGGAACGGCGGGAAGGUCGUCGCGGUUAUCAACCUGUGCAUGACCGAACGAUACUACUCACAACCCACCCUGCGUCGAGAUGGCAUCGAGGCGUACUGGAUCAAAGUCGACGGCAGCGGAGACAUUCCCGAUGACAAAGUAUUUUGCCUCUUCUUCCGAGUGAUAGCCUUCCUCGCGCACAAGUAUUCCAAACUGCUGCCGUUCUCUCCCGAGUCCUUCGCCACAGGCUGGUACUCGUGCGGUCGCGAUAAAAUGCAGGAAGAGACAGUGACAGUCGAAGACACUCCGACUGGCCACGCCGUCUGCUGUGACAAGUUCACUAUUGUCGUUCACUGCACGCAUGGCGUGAAUCGAACGGGGCUGUUUGUCUCGCUGCUCCUCGCGACGCUCUUCAACUGCAGCGCAGAGUUCGCAGUGAAGGCCUACGAGGCGAAGCGCGGAGCUCCUCUGAGCAAGGAGGUCUUCGUCAACUGGAUUCGACAAAAGUGCAAGGCAGGAAUUCCGGAGCGCUUCCGGUCGGCUCUGAUGCCUCCGGAGGUCUCCCGUCUCUUCACGCGAGUCCAAAAGCUUCUCCUGGAGGGCGGUGACCUUGCAGGCGAAGAGGAACUGACUCUCCCGACUCCAGAGACGCUCACCAACGCGCUGGAUGGAGAGAGAAAAGAACAAAACGGUCGUCAAGAACGCCUUGAGGCGCACGUGGAGCGCAUGCGUCAACUGCGCGCCGCCCUGAAGGCCAAGAAGGCGGAAGAAAAGGGCGAGGGCACACAUGAAGGCCAAGAAGCAAAGGAAAGAGACGACCAACAGACUGAGGGUGAGGAAAAGGCAGAAGGCGAGAAGGCGGAAGAGAGCAAGGACGAGCAGGCGGCCUCGGCGGCUGAGGACUCUGAAGAAGGUCAAGAUGCGGAGGAGACGAAGGAAAACGAGGAGCUGAGUCGAGAACGCGCUCUGGAGGUGCCAAAGUUGCCUGCGCGACUCCCAGCAGACGGCAUCGUGUUGUUCGGGCCCAUUCAGUCUUCGCUGCUGGCCCCGGAGGAGCUUCUGGUGAGUCUCCUCUCGUCUCAGGAGUCCGCGAAAAUCAGCGGAUUCGAAAUCAUGACGGGCGACGACUUGCACGGCCAACCUCAUCCGUACCCUCAGCUGUUGACGACUCUUCGCACGCGCCGCAGAGAAACCCCCGAGAAGGGCAGACGCGGCGACGGGAACAAACGGAGGCGCGGGGCGAAAGGCAAAGCCGGAGCCGCGGAGGAAGAGACACAGGGUACUGGACAGCAAGAUGGUGGGCCUCCGUCCAAAGAGGAGAUGAAGGGAGAGAACGGGGAAAACGAGGAGGCAUGCGAGGAAGUGGAGAAGAAAAAAGAGGCGAGCGUGAAAAGCGAGAAAGAAGCUGCGGCUGCGUCAGACGAAGACUCGAAGGGACAUGUCUCCGAGGACGGCACAGAGCAUGACACGCCCGCGGCGAAGAAGCGCCGCUUGGAAGCCAAGCUGGAAGACUUGGAGGAAGCCGUCAAGGACGAAGAAGAUGCGACGGCUGAGAUGGCCGAGAAAAAGGUCGAGGAAACCCAGGGAGAAGCGACAGCUGAGCAGAGCGCGCCCGCAGUGCCUGAACCUCCGAACAUCGACGAGCUGUCGAUCCCUGAGCUCCACACCAAGGGACAAGGGCUGUACAGUCAGAAGCAAAUUGCGUACCGCCUGAUUCAGUUCCGCGAAGAAGACCCGCUUCGACUCCACUAUAUCGUGAAGGUCCAGUGCGCAGACAUCGCGACCUUCGAGUGGCUUCUCUCCCACAGCUUCGGACGCAUGCGCCAGCAAAUGAUCCAGGGCUACCCCUCGUCGCUCUACAAGCUGCUGUAUCUGCGAGGGAAGCGACGAGACAAGGAACUUUUCGCGCGCGCCCAGGAAGUCGCCCAGGCGGAGAAUGCGGCGCGACAACGAAACCGGAACGUCGCCGCGCCCAAGAAGGGCUUUCGGACUGGCGCGCGACCCGGGGCCCCAGGGCCCUUCAUGGGGUCGCGCCCCGGUGUCGCGCCGCCGCCCCCCUUCCCCGGGAUCCGACCCGCAGGCGCAGUUCUGCCACCGCCGCCUGCCCCCUUCGGGCCCCCGGUCACGCCAGGCUUCCCCGCGCCUCCCUUCUUGCCUCCAAUCCCCGGCAUGGCUCCGCGAGGUGUCCCCUGCGCCCCAGGGGUUUCGCAACCCCCGUAUCCCCCUGGCGCUUCGCCCCCGCUCUUCUGCCCUCCGCCGCCUGGGGCUCCACCGGCGCCUGGGUUUGGAGAGGGGGGGCGGCGGGACGGGCCCACGCCCCCGGGCCCCCCUGGACCCUUCCCCGGAAGACUCUACGAACCCCGGAGCCCUCCUCCGCCCGGAGCGGAGCCACCACGAAUGUACGAUCCCGACUACGUGUCGAAGUCUGCAGGCGAGAUGGGGUAUCGCGGGUAUGAAGGCCAAGACCGGGACUUCUACGGCAGGGAGCCGAUGAAGUCCCCGCAGUACCCCAGAGGCCCGGGGGGCGAGACCGGCGGUCGGAGGGGCCCUUGCGGCUCCUGGGGGCCAGGUGGACCCGAAGGCGACCGCGAGGGCUACCAUAAUCAAGCUAGCAGUCCCACCGAGCGCGGGCCUUACAUGCGGAGAGGCCCGGGACCUGCGGGCUUCGGGGGCCCUGAAGGCAUGCGCGACGGCUCCCUAACGAGGCACGGCUUUGGAGAGGAGAAAAGACCCUUUGGCCCGGGAUGCGGUGGCUUCGGCUUCGAGGGGACCCGGGGCGGCCGGGGGCCCUCGGACGACGGCUUUGGCAGCGGCGCCCGUGGCUGCAACGAGUCCGGAGGCAGAGGCCCUUUCCCCGACCGUUCCAGAAGACCCCCAGGUGACUACGAGGGCAGGGGUCGAGACGAUUUCGACCGCGGGUACGGUCCGCAAAACCGAGGCGGCAUGUACUCGAACACCGGGGGAACCCAGGGGUUUGAAGGCCCCGGGUUCAGAGGCCGCGGGUUUGGCUUUUCAGAUGAGUCGCCUGGCGCGGGCGGCGACCGCCACGAGCCGGGGCGCGUGCGCGGGUUUUCGUCCGACAGAUUUGGGGACCGUGUUUCGUCGGACAGAUAUGGGGACCGCGGGGACAUGUGGCCCCGAGACGGGCCCCGUGAUCAAGACGAGUUUCGCAGGUUCCGCGAUGGCAGCUUUCGAAACGCGGCGCGCGACAACAAAAACUUCAGCAACUUCGGAUACGGAAACCAAAACCCUGCUGAGUUCGGGGGUUCCAUGGGCGAGAGAGGCGGCGACUUUAGAGCCCGGAUGGAGAGCGGCUCGGGCGUGGGUGGCCGGGGCGAGGAUCGGGGCAGCAGGCGCAUUUCCGGUUGGUCGUCUGGGUUUGAGGACCCCCGCGGAAACAGCCAGUUCGGACGUUUCUCAGGCGGAGACAGAAGCGGCUUCGACCGAUUCGCGGAUAGUGGCGAGCGCGGCAGCCGCUUCGGGGACAAGGAACAGGCCGGCGGCUUCGGCCGGCGCCAGGGGAGACCAAACUUGAGUCGAGACUUCCGGCGGCCUCCGUUUGGCGGUUCUGGGUCGGGGUUUGCAGAUGGCAGCCGAGACGAUGGCUCCCGAGUUCCUUCGCUCCCAGGUCCCCCUCAGUGGACAAUUCAGAAGGGGCCCGAGGCGGGCGGCCCGUCUCCGGGCGCGUUCGGCGCGGGGCACGGGCAGAUGGGAGACGCGCCAGGCGUGGAAGCAGACAAGUUCAGGACGGGGUCUGCGCCUCCAGGAAUUGGACCCACUGUGGAGUCCGAUUCAGAAGACAAAAGCAACUUGUCGGCCUCCUCUGUGAUGCAGCCCCAGUCUUUCGGCAUCGGAGGCCAAGAGUCUUCGGCACAGAACGCAUUUGCUCAGUUCGCAAAGCAGCUCGCCUCAGGUCUGCAAGACGGUGGCCAAGGCGGAAACUCGAUGGCUGCGGCCAUGGCGAUGAUGGGCGCGAGCGGAGGCUCUCAACAGGCUAUGCAGCAGCAGUUGGUGGCGCUGCUGUCCCAGCAGCAAAUGUACGGAAACUCGAAUCUGCAGGGGGCGGACAUGCAGCAGCUCAUGAUGUAUGCGCAAUACUACGGCUGUCUCCUGAACGGAAUGUCCGAGCAGCAAGCUGCUGCCGUGGUCCAGACCCAACAGUUGCUCCAGCAACAGCAACAGCAACUGGUGAAUCAGCAACUCCUGCAACAGAGCAUUCAGCAGCAGCAACAGCUCCAGCUGAGUCUCGCUGGUCUAAUGCAAACAGGGACACCGAAACCGGACAAAAAAGUGUGAACGUAAAAAAGUGUGCGUGUCGCUGUGCCGCUUGGAGUUCCGUGUGCGGAACGGAUGACUCCAUGGAACACAGUAAAAACGCAGAGGAGCUUCCGCGUGACGCAUGCGAGGCUGCCAAAGGCAGCACAAAAAACGUGAGCGGUGUGAACAUGUUGUGUGACACCCGAGUGCGUGUUCGGGAUUGCAAAUGUGCAAGGCGGGUGGAA